AUGGUGAAUGCAGCAAGUGGUGGAGGGCUAGUGAAUAAGACUCCAGGAGAUGCAACUAGGUUGAUUGCAGAGCUAGCAGAAAAUUCUAAGCAAUUCAGUCAGAGAACUCCCACGCGCCGGGUGAAUUUAGCAAAUUCGAAUACAACUGAGUUAGAGAGUCAAAGGAAGCACAGGUUAGGAGGGAAGGAAAAAGUGAAAGUGAGUGCUCAUGUUUCUGCAGUUUUCCAAAAGAAACUUCCUGAAAAAUGCAGUGAUCCUGGUAUGUUUACUGUUCCAGUUACAAUAGGGGACACCACUUUUCAUAGAGCUAUGUUGGAUUUGGGUGCAUCAAUUAAUGUUAUUCCAUAUUCCCUGUUCAAAUCUUUGGAACUUGGACCUUUACAUGAAACCGAGGUAGUGAUUCAAUUAGCUGAUAGGUCAAAUGUUUACCCUAAGGGAGUGGUGGAAGAUGUGCUUGUGAAAGUUGAUGAACUAAUUUUUCCUGCUGACUUUUAUGUGCUUGAUAUGGAACAUGAUAGACAAGCAGUUCCCAUCUUGUUAGGAAGACCCUUCUUGAAAACUUCUAGGACUAAAAUUGAUGUUUUUACUGGUUCUUUAACUAUGGAGUUUGAUGGGCAAGAAAUUGUGUAUAACAUCUAUAAUUCCAUGAAAUAUCCUGUUGACACUCAUUCUUUGUGUUCCAUUGAUAUCAUUGAUCCUAUAGUGCAGGAUGUCUUCGAUGUUGAGGGCGAGGAUGCGCUCCUCACUUCCAUUUCUAAUGAUUUAUCUGCUGAUUGUUUGGAUAUCCCUUUGCCUAAUAGUGUGCAGAUGAUGGUAGCAGAGUUGAAUAGCCAUUCCAAGCUCCCACUUAGACCACCAGGUUCGACACCUACCCCAUUGACAGUGCCUACUGAUAAACUCUUACCUUCUGUUUUGCAGGCACCCCAGGUGGAGCUAAAACCACUUCCUGAUCAUUUGAAAUAUGUGUUCCUUGGUCAGAACGAUACUUAA